GGCCAGCGAGGCACGUGGCUCGGGACGCAGUUCGCGGCCGCGGGGCAGGAGCUCCCGAGGCUGGGCGGCUCCCACUCCGCCUCCGCCGUCGCCGCCGAGUCGAGCCAGGACAGACAGGCCCGAGUCCCGAACAAGACCAGCCCAAGUGCAGAGACGGCGGGCAGCCAUGGCCGAAGCGGCGCCCGCUCUGGCUCCAGAGAGGGACAAACAAACAGAAGACCAAAGGCCUUCGAUACCUUCUCCAUCACCUCAGCCGGUUGCUGAGAAGAACUCAUACCUGUACUCCACAGAGAUCACGCUGUGGACUGUGGUGGCUGCCAUUCAGGCCUUGGAAAAGAAGGUGGAUUCCUGCCUGGCCCGCUUGCUGACGCUGGAGGGGCGAACAGGGACAGCUGAGAAGAAGCUGGCUGACUGCGAAAAGAUGACCUUGGAGUUUGGGAACCAGCUGGAGGGCAAGUGGGCCACACUGGGGACGCUACUGCAGGAGUACGGGCUGCUGCAGAGGCGGCUGGAGAACGUGGAAACCUUGCUGCGAAACAGGAACUUCUGGAUCCUGCGGCUGCCCCCGGGCAGCAAGGGGGAGGUCCCUAAGGUGCCCGUGACCUUUGAUGAUGUAGCCGUGUAUUUUUCCGAGCCAGAGUGGGGAAAGCUGGAUAAUUGGCAGAAGGAGCUCUACAAGCACGUCAUGAGGGGGAACUAUGAGAUGCUGGUCUCCCUAGAUUAUGCCAUCUCCAAACCUGACAUCCUCACCCGGAUAGAGAGGGGAGAAGAGCCUUGUCCUAAAGACCAGUGGGGCCAGGAGAAGGAGAAGGAGAAAGAGGAAACAUGUUCAAGGAAGCUGGGUCCUUGCCUCCCUCCAUAUCCAGAGCACAUCCCCAGCCCAAUCAGCCCUGCCCAGGAGGAGCCACAAGAAUGGCAGGCCCCCGAUCACCAGCAAGGCUCAGAAGCAAGAGUAACCCCACAUGGGCCAAGCACCGGGCCUCCAGUCGGCACCAGUGCUUUGCCCUCAAUUAAACAGGAAGAAGAAUCUUCAGAUGGCGAGUCACCUGCCUCUCCUCCCAGGGAAAUCUUGCCUGACAUGGGGUCCGGUGGUGGUGGUGUGAUCAUCAAGACAGAAGCACAGUCUGAGGAUGAGAUGAUGCCCGAGCAGCUCUUCCUGGGGGAUCCCCCCAGCCUGACCGAGUGUAGAAUCCCCAGAGGGCCCAGGAACAGAACUGGGGGUACCAGCCAGCAUCAUGCUGUGUGUGUGCCAAGGGUGCAGGCAGGGGAUCUGCGCCCACCAGGGGCUGUGGGGGAGCCACCCCGCAUUCUACCUCGCCGACGAGAGCGGACCUUCCCAUGCCCUGACUGCGGGCAGAGCUUCCGCUUGAAGAUUAACCUGACAAUUCAUCAGCGCACCCAUGUGGAGGAGAAUCACAGGGAGGCCCAGGGCAGCUCGCCCAGUGAGUGGGGAGAAGCCCAUUCCACACUGGAGCCUGGAGAGGUGGUGGUGCCUGGCCCUGUCAUCCGCUGGCUUCCCGAGGAGCCUGAGGGCCGCCGCUCCCUGGCCGGUCGUGCCUUCAUGGGGCGGAGGCCGGCAGCCACCAAGGUAUACCACUGCAGCGAGUGUCUGCGCUUCUUCCAGCAGCGCAAGAGUCUACUGCUGCACCAGCGCCUGCACACAGGCAACAGUCAGGGCUGGCCCUCCUGUCCCUAUUGUGGCAAGGCCUUCCGCCGGCCCUCGGACCUCUUCCGUCACCAGCGCAUCCACACGGGUGAGCGGCCUUACCGGUGCCCCCAGUGUGGCCGGGCCUUCAACCGUAACCACCACCUGGCUGUCCACAUGCAGACUCAUGCCCGAGGCCAAGCAGGCCCACACUGUCUUGCCUCCACUGCCCACCAGGGAAGCCCACCCUGUCCCCGCCCCCGCCCCAGCCGCACUGAGGAGGGCUGAGCCAGGCAGGAUCCUGCUGGGGUCACUCUCCAGCCCCCUGGGGCACCCCCCUGGCGGGACGUAUUCGGAGAGACAGCACAUCCCUUCUCUCCACUUGUGGGACCUUUCCCUGUGGUUUUGGAGAGAUUUUUCCAUUCAAAUGGGAAACAGCAGUCCUCUUGGUGAUGCAGUGUAUGUAUGUGACCAGAGGCCUCACUUUCCUGUUUUCUCAGUUUGUCUGUCACUCUUUGCUGCCCUUUAUGCAUUCCUGACUUGUAAAGGAUCCCUAAAGCUUAAGGGAUACCAAUUUGUUGGUAGGGUCUUUGGCAGGCACUAUAAACAGUCAAGAGGACAGAGAUUGUGGCCCUUCCAGCAUGGGGCCAAUAGAGUUAUUGAGGUCCUUGGAUUUUGAUUUUGUGCAAAAAGGUCUUCUGCCUGCUAUCAACGUGAGAAACAGCAGUGUGGACAGACAGCCUGAAGAAAGGGCACUGGAAAUUUGAUUUUUCUACUUUGUUUUGAAUCCUCUUUUUCUCUUAUUGGAGCUUUCCUAGUGCUUUUGUAAGUACUGUGUACAGUUGCAAAGGGGACCAAGAGCUCCUGAGGAGGGACAGGAGUUAUUCUGCCACCUCUUUUGGGUGUGGGGAUUGGAGAGCUGGAAGAGAAACUAAGUCUAGACCAGCUUGUGGGUGUUGAUAGGGAGUGCCUUAGUUGAUAACGCUGGAAACAAGGUGUCGUCCCAGUUGCGUGUCACGUGGCUCAGAGAGAUAUCUCAUCAUUCCUAAUCCUUCCCCCAAAGAAUAUUCAUUUCCAUUACUUAGUUGGGUUGGUUAUCAGUUGAGAGAGAGACCCUGAAGCCCAGAGUAGCUGACGCUUCCUCCGAAGGUCUUACUGGUGAUGGGCAUGCAUCAUCCAUUGACUGCACCACGUAAGAUAGCUUGGUGGGUGGUACAGAGUGAGCCCAGGCAGUGUCUUCUCCCUGAGAGGAAGACCUGGCCUGGGUGAGGCUGGUCAGCCAACCUGGGCUCUGGGACCUCCAGGCCUGCUUUAUCAUGUAAAGGAGGGGGCUGCCGCUGCUCUUGGGUAGUUUGAGAACUUUGGGUUCUGUGAUAGAUUUAAGACCAGGAUGAAAUCCAGGUAUAUCUUUUAACCACCCCUGGUCUCUCAGUCCUCAUCUGACAAGGGGGACAAUGACCCCAGUACUUACUUCCUCACCUUAGGGUUAUCAGGGUCUUAAUAGAUUUGGAGGCAUUAGGACAAAGGUGAAACCUGUUUUUGUUCUUCCUUUCAAGUUCAGUUCUCCUUUUCUCCAUGUUGAUCUCUAUUCCCUUCACCCUAGUCACAAUCCCUCCGGAAGGACCUUUAUCUUCUUGAGUGAACUGAGAGUUCCACUGAGUUCAGAGUGAGUUAAGACUUUCCCACAGAGUUACCUCCUCCAGGAAUCCAUUGUAUUUUAAUGGAACAAAUUCUUAAUGAAAGCAAUGAGGUUCAAACCAAGGAAGUUCCAAAGUUCUGGCAAUAGUAUCAGGCCUCUAGGGGAGAUCUUGAGGACACCUUCUGGUGGUGCUUAAGUCACACUGCCUUGGGUGCUACCUAUAGAUUCAUCCUGAAUGUGGGUGAUUUUGAAACUGGAGUGAUUUUAGGUCCACAACUAUCCUGAUAGCUUGUUGUGCCUUUCUGUCUGGCACUGAGAGGUGGCCAAUGUUGAGGUCUGAUUCAGGGUGCCUGUGUCCCUGGCUUUGCCACUUCCUGUUACCCUCUUCUGAUUCUCUUCACAGAGUUGGGGGCAGAUGAUUAAAAACGUGACACUGCCAUCACCUCUGGGGCAAGAGAGAGUGUCAUACAAGUCAGUGACAAUUCAGCCAAGCCCCCCUUCUAAGGUUGGGAAAAACAGAUACCACCUUUCUCUGUGGUGGGUGUUGUUUGUCUGCUCUGGCACCCCCAGCUCUGCCUCCCUGCCCACAAGAGCUGAGCUGAGCUGUCAGCAAUUGUUCAGACAGGAUAUGAUGAAAGCCAAGUGUAGCACUUAACCCUCAGAGCUGUAAGAGCUAGUCUCGGGAGUUUUUCUUGGAUGCCUCUGUGCUAAGAAUUUUAUUCAGUUCCUAGGCCUAUUUUUCUAAUGCUCCAAGAAGUGCAAACCAUGAUUAAUAACAACGCAAUGACACUCCAUUUUUUUUUUUUUUCUUUUAUUCCAAAUCAUUCACUGUGCUUGGUUCUGGGCUAGGCUUUGUGAGUUCGCCUGGCAUUCAGUAGGUGUUUAAAGAACGUUUCUUUACUGUUGGAAUGUGUCAGCGGAGACCGCGGUGGGGCGGGUGGGGAGCAGAGCAGUGUUGCGGACCCGGGAGGCUGGGAACUGGCCCUGGUUUGGCCCCUAACUCACUCCCUGCUCUGGGCCUCGGCUUCCUCAUUUGUAAAACAAAGAAAACGUUGAGCUGUGAAGCUAAAGGCCCUUAACAACUGUGAAGGUGGCUGUCCCUUGCCCCAUUGGGUGCUCAAUAAAUAUGUUGGAAUAAACGAGUGCGUGCAAGUCAUCUGGCUCCUGGAGGUCUGCGGCUGUCCAGGGCGUAACA